CUUAAAGCACGUCAAAAGACAUGAAAGCGUUAAAUAAAAUUUUAACAAAAUUAUUACUAAUUUUAAUAAAUUUGAUAAUAAUAAAACUCAAACAAGCAAAUUCAGAUGAAGUUUUCCCAUCACCCUAAAAUUACAGUAAAUACUUUCAUAUUGGCGUGGUGUGUUUGAAAGUACGUUUUAUAAAUAAUACUAAAUUGAAUUGGCGAUAAGAAUGAUCAAGAAAUAUACUAUUUACGUAUACAUAUGUAUACAGAAAGCUUUUUAAUUAAAGCGAUGAGUAGUGUGAACAGUCGCGGUUUCAAUCUCAACGUUUCAACAUAUCACAAAAUGUUUAUUUCUUAUAAACAUUUAAUAAAAAUAUUACUAAUCUAUCAAACCUUUCGACCGGCAAGUUUAAAAUACAUUCGAAAAACAACAAUUAAGAAGGGACCUUGUGAAGACUUCUAUGAAUAUGCCUGCAGCGAUUAUAGUAAGGACAACCCAGAUAGCAACUAUAAUGAGAUACUACAACAUUUGGAUUAUAAAACAAAUAAAAAGCUAUUGAAAUAUAUGGAAAGAGCUUUAAAAAUUCGCAAAUUAUAUUAUACCGAACAUCCGGAACUCGAAACCUAUUAUGAUAAAAUGUUGACAUACUUUGAGGCCUGUGUGGGUGAGGAAGACUAUGAAAUAGGCAAUUAUUUAGACGUAAUCAAGGGUUUGUUUUAUAAAACAAACUUUGAUUUUUGGCCAUUGUUGGGUCGUAUGCAGUCGUAUAGUUUAAAUAAUGUCAUAGUUCAAUAUUUGAUAACAAGGAAUGCGGAUAAUACGCUUACUAUUAUAUUGUCACCAGUAACGUUUGAUAAGGAAAAUAGUGUUUUACCUGAUAGGCAAUCGCUUUUGAAUAUCAUUAAUAAUUUGCAUUUAACUAAUGAGGAGGCAAAAAUCAAGAAUUUAUACGCAACAGAGUUGGAAUUGCAAAAGCUGCUUAAAAACACUACAAAAAAUGAUUUAACACAAUUAUCUAUAAAAAAAUUAAUUCAACUUUAUCCGCGUUUAAAUUUCAAGUCAUAUUUUGAAAACUUAUUAGAAGCAGAAAUAAAUAAUAUCUCUUCUAUUACUGUAAAAAUUCCUGCAUAUUUUGUUAAUUUAAAUGAAAAACUAUGGUCUUCCAAGGAGUUGAAAAAUUUGCAAAUUUAUUUAUUAAUAAAAUUCGUAUAUUACUUACAGCUGGAUGGAGUAAAAGACUUUGAGCCCUUAGAAUGUCUUAAAGAUUUAAGAAAUAAAUUUGAUUUGGCCAUAAACUAUUUAUACUAUCAUGACUUUUAUAAAUUGAGAGCAAAAAAGUUCAAACUUGCCCUUAGUUCUAUGCUCGUCAAUAUAAGAGAUAUUAUGGAAAUAUAUUUCAAAAAGAAUCAUUUGCAUUUGUCUAUCGAACAGAUAAAUGUGUUAAACAACAAAAUUCAAACAAUUAAACUUAAUAUUGGAAAUUUACCGGAUGGCUUUGAUUUUAAAACAAUACAAAGCUAUUAUCAGGAAAUACCUCAACUGGAUCGUAAAAAUUAUAUAAAAAAUCAUUUACUCUUAUUGAAACAUCACUUUCGUAAAUCUUUGCUGUAUGAAAGAAAUCAAACACAUGAUAUCACAAUCGAAUAUACGAAUCCUUCGCCCUAUUACCUGCACCGGAAAAACAUGGUAGUCUUACCCUAUGCCUCCUUUCAAUUGCCGUUAUUUCAUUAUAAUCAAACACCUCUACAACAAUUGUCACUCUUUGGCUUUAUCUUGGCCCAUGAAUUAACACAUGCUGUUGAUAAUAUCGGCAUACAAUACGAUCAUCAAGGUUAUUAUUUGACCCAAACUUCAGAUAUACUAAAUCACACGAAUUUUAUAAAAUCAUUAGAAUGUUUACAAAAACAAAUGCCUACUAAAUUUAUACAGGAACGUGUUGCUGAUAUAUUUGGUAUGCGUGUGGUAUAUGAAGCAUAUUUGCAGUACUAUGCCCAAAAUCAAAAAGAAGAUUGGCGUAAAGAAUUCUUUAUGAAUUUGGCACAAUUCUUUUGUGUUAAAGGCAAUUUAAGAUUUAUUGAACAUGAUCCGGAUCCAAUGCGUUUGCAACAAAUUGUUAAAAAUUUUGCACCCUUCGCAAAGACUUACGGCUGUAAGGUAAACAGCCCCAUGCAUCCGAAAAAGAAAUGUCGUCUUUAUUGAAAUGUUAAAGUAAAUCAUAAGUUAUUUUAUAAGAAAUAUAUGUAUGUACGUAGAAGUAAUACAAGUCUAUGUAAAGUAAAUAAAUAUUGUGAAGGCUACAAUAAAUCGUUAGCUCAUACAUAUAAUAUACAAUCCAAAGCUUAGGACAGAACCAGAACAUAAAUAGAAUAGAACUAGAAUAGAACUAGA